AAAAAUAUUUCUUAAUAUAAUCGAUUAGGGUUUUAAUUUCAAAGUUAUCUACCACGCUGAAUCAAUCUUCAAUGUGGAGGAUAUUUACAAAAGACAAUUCAGAACUUGAAAAAGCAGAAUAUAAAGCCAUUGAAGAAGUGGAGUCUGAACAAGAAACCGCUCUUCACAGAUGUUUCAACUUACGAGACAUUUGCCAAUAUGAGAGGAGACAGCCAAAGGUCACCUCUACUGACAGAUAGUGUGGAUAACGAUAUUUCAAAGCAAACACAUAUCUACCCUCCACUGGAUGCCAGCAAUGAUGAUUUUGACUCAGAAUCGAACGUGAGUAGUGAGGGGGAGGAAAUACAAAUUAGAAGAGACGGAGGACAUACUACAAGCAACAUCGGGACAUUGAUGCAUCUACUGAAAGGCAACAUUGGAACUGGACUCCUCGGGUUGCCAUGGGCGAUAAAACAUGCCGGGAUCAUAGCUGGCCCGAUCAUGCUUCUAAUAAUGGCCGUCAUAUGUGUGCACUGCAUGCAGGUCUUAGUAAAAUGCUCGAAACAUUUUUGCAGGAAGCUCGGCAUCUCUUCUCUCGAUUAUGGUGAAGUCAUGAUGCAUAGUGUCGAGUACGGUCCAAUACGUCAACUCCAACCACAUAAACAUAAAGCAAAAAUGAUAGUGAACGUCUUCCUUAUGAUCACACAACUUGGGUUCUGCUGCGUUUAUUUUGUAUUCAUGGGGCAGAAUAUAAGACAGGUUGUAGCAUUAUACUGGAAGAAUGCACCAGAGGAUCGAAUUUUUAUGGCAAUGUUAGCUCUACCUGUCGUAUUACUGACGUUCAUUCGCAAAUUAUCAAUCCUUGCCUGGUUCUCGUCUGCUGCCAAUAUCGCUACAAUCAUAUCAUUGUGCAUCAUCUUCAGAUAUAUUUUACCGGAUCUACCGUCAUUUUCCUCUCGUCCGUUUGUUGCUAGUUUAUCUGAAGUGCCAAUGUUCUUUGGAACAGCUAUAUUUGCCUUCGAAGGAAUUGGAGUGGUUCUGCCGAUAGAAAAUGCGAUGCGAACUCCCGAGCAUUUCCCUUUAAUCAUCUACCUUGGCAUGGCCCUGGUGACUUGCCUAUAUACGAGUGUGGGAAUCAUCGGCUACCUCAAGUUUGGCGACGCUAUUUGUGGAAGCAUAACAUUAAAUCUGCCUGUCGGAGAUCCGUUUUACGAACUUGCAAAGAUUCUGUUUUCAUUUGUAAUAUUCGUAAGUUACGCUCUACAAUUCUACGUCCCGUUUGAGAUAAUCUGGCCAGCGAUGAAAUCAAAAUGUCAGCCUCGCAGUGUUUGGUGCGAGUUGUUCACGAGGAUGACGCUUGUCAUUAUGACAUGUUUAUGUGCGAUUGCAAUUCCAAACAUCGGUGAUUACAUCGCACUAAUUGGGGCUUGUUCCUCCUCGUUUUUAGCGUUGAUUUUUCCCCCGAUUAUCGAAUCUAUGACAUUUCAUAGCAAAGCUGGGGAAACCUAUGUUGAAUACACGAGCCCUUCUGAACAAGACUUCGCUGCAGAUGACGCAAGCCAGUCAUUGAUUAAUUCUGAAAAUGCGAAUAAAAGUCCUCCAAAGCAACGUUCGUAUCCGAUAUCACAAAACAGUAAAGGACUCAGCUGUUUUACCAUUUUUAAAAACGUACUGAUCCUCUCGUUCGGAAUUAUCGGUUUUAUCGCUGGAAGUAUCGUAUCAGUAAAAGACAUAAUUUACGACUUGCAACACCAUUCACAAACGGACGCGUGUAGUGGAGGCCUCGGCCCGAAUUCUACGAUAACGACUGCAGCUCCUUUUAACCACAGCACAGGAUUUCUUACUUCAACAAUAUCCCCGUUUAAUACGACUUUACAUGAUUUAGUUACAAUGCAUGGCAGGCCUUGAAAAUUGAAUCUUCAUGAUGGAAAUUCCUCUCAAUGAGUUGUUUUUCCUGGCAGGAUAGUUUGUAUUUUUCAAGUCUCAAGUCAAUCACUAUCUACUGGCCCUGGUCCAUAAUAAUGACAGAAAAUCAAAAAUUCCAUUUCUGAAAAAUGUGAUUGAUUAUGGAUUAGAUGGACUUGGUUUUAUGGAAAUGAACUUGAUUAUGGAAAACUUGUAAGAUAAUUGUGUUUUAGUAAUAAUAAUUAUGAAGCAGGCAUCUACAGCCCUGCCUUUGGUGUUUUGGAGCUGUUAUAAGGCCAUAUAUAUUGCCCUAAUUUUUGAACUUUUCAAAUUUUGUGCCCAAACAAUCCUACAAGUAUUACUUCUUUAUAUCAGAAUAAAUAGAAUAUUUUCUGUCUAAUGGCUACAAAAAACUAUUUUCAAUUAUUAUAUUUUGUCUGUUUGAAUAGAGUUUUCUAUAUUCAUGGGGUUCUUUCCCAAAUUUGAAUUUAAAAAUUCAAUACAGGGUGCUUGCUAGAAAAACAGAAAAUUUGUCAAACAGUUUUUUUUUUUUAUUACAAAUGAUGAUUUGAAAACGAGCGUUAUCCCAUUUGGAACGGUAUACCACAAGUUAACCUUCAAAAUGCUACACGAACUUGGAGCUAGGUUAAAAGUAAGACAAUGAUCUGAAAUGCUUGGACGACAUUUUGAGCAUCUAUGAGUGUAAUUACCAUUUCCUCUUAAAAAACUCGUAAAAGUUACUCUUUGUAAAAAAUGAAUAGCUGUUUGACAAAAUUUCUGUUUUUCUAGCGACUACCCUGUAUAUACAUUUCCUCAAAACAGUCCAUUCAAGUUUCCCCCCUUUUGGGUUGAACCCCCCAAAUGUGAUCUGCACUGACUAUGUCCAAAUAAGCUAAACUUAAUGUUCAAGGCAAAUCAAAGUGCUCUUUUUAUUUAAAUAUUUAAGGAUAAUCUAUUUGAUCUUAAUUUUUUUUAUUGAAAUUGCAAUUUUCUUAUUUUUGCUACUUUUUAGUAGCUUAGUGCAAUAACAUUGCUAUCUAUCGUAUAGUACAGGAUUAAUUAAUUAAUUAAAGUCGUUAAGUUAGCCACGGUUGGGCUAUAAUAAAAAAUAUUUUGUGCUUGUCAAAUAAAUAUUUUUCUGGAUGAUUGAUUACGGGAAUUUACAAUUGAUGUAUCGAGCAGUUGAGAUCUUGUUCUCAACAGGGGGUUCGUGGCCCGCUGCCAAAAGAGAAAUCAAUCCAUGAUUGUUAUGGUAAAUUGUGGUGACACAAAAUAACAAAAAGAAUCUAUUUCAAAAGAGGAUGAAAAGGAGGGAACUUUUUUUAAGAAAUACCGGGUGUCCAUAAAGUCCCUUUACAAUUUCAAUUUUGUUAUGAAGUCAGUUCUCAAUAUAUCUUAACCAGGUUUGUUGUUUUUUAAUCAAUAAUUGUUCAAGUAUUUUUACUUCAUUUAAUACAUCUGCGAGGGACAAAAUUUACUUUGCAAUUUUGAAAUUUUUUAGGACUUUAUUAACACCCCAUAUUUCUUUCAAGGCCGUAGAAUCAGAGAAAGGUUAUAUAUAUAUAUGACUUUGGAUUCGGGAAUUUUUUGAGUUGUGAUGAACCAUCCAUUUCAAUUGUUGUUGUAUUGUUUUCUAGCAAUUUAUGAUUUGUGUGGUGUGCUCAGUCAUGCUUGAAUCAAGAAAUUGUAAGAAUGAUAAUGUGAUGCUCUUAAAAAAUUUUCUUGUGAGUUUAAUUUGUCGCUAUUUAGAUCUUGUUAUUUAUAUCAGGUCUGCAAAUUGAAGAUUUUGCUGGAGAAUAUUCAGCCAUUUACAAGCAAAUUUUUAAAUUCCAAAUCAUAUUUCUGAAUUUUAUUAGCUAGCUGAGAGAUACUAAAUUUCAGUUUUCGCGAAUCUGAAAAUAGAGUAGGAAAUCUGAAAUCCUCCCCCCUCAAGAAAAAAUAAUAACACCUCCAAACUCUGACUCUAAAGCCUUACUUUAUUUUGUGAUAUCACAACUAUUCUUAUCAAGCUUCGUUCCAAACUAGCACUUGUAAACACUAUAUUUUAUUGCGAAAGUUAUAUAUAUUUCUGAAUUUGAACUAUUUUCAAGUCUUAUCUUAUUCUCAAUAUGUCUUGAUUAUUGUACCAUAAUAGUGGGGUUUAUUUGCUAAUGCCAUGGAAAUCACCUCAUAAAAGGCAUAAAGUGAACCAAACAUACAAAAUAUUCAAGCAGUGGUCCUAAUUUACCGUUUGUACAGACCCUAGAGACCAGGUCCAUGCAUCUUGAUCGAAUGAUUUGAAUUUUCCCAAACCUGACAUGGACUGGUAAUCGAAUCAAAGGCUGUGAUUCACAAUAUUAUUAAGCCAUUAUAUCAGCUUUUCUCUUCUGAGAUAAUGCUGUCUUGAUUUGGUCCCUAUAUUGGUACUCCCAUUGUGUGUGUACCAGAUUAUUGUUAGGCCAUAAUUUUAUUCCGAUUUUCCUUACUUCAGUUCUAUUACGAGUUCGAGGACUGUCUGUGUUAGCCAAGUGAAUAUACCCUCUGCCCAUAGGUUUCAGUCCCUUUACACAACUUGACCUUAAGUAGGCGAACAAAAUUAGUUACUUGCAUAUUGGUACACAUACUUCUAGAGCGCCCCUAUAUUUCUAUCGCCUCGUUUUUAGCAAUGGAAACAGUUAAACCUCAGUUUGCUGUGCGAUAUCAGUUUUAUGUGAAUGCUGAAUUGAAAGGGGAUCAUGACCUUUGUUUUGAAAAUUUUGUAGACAUUUUAGCCAUUUGGUACAAACUCUUAUAUUACAGUGUUUCUCGUUCUUCUAUGAAUAAAAUAUCUUAUGGUCAGA